AUGAUAUCUAGUUCAUCUCCAAUGCACAAUAAUUAUAAUAGCAGUUUUAAUGAUAGCGGCUCUAUCAACGAGACUUUGUGCAGAACAGGCAGUCUUGGAUUUAUUGAUGAAGUGCUACGUUACGCUGGCACUAAACAAUAUAUAUUCUUACAAGUUCACGUCUGUGCAAUUCACCAAGUGACUGUAGGAGACAUAUCAGAUUUUCAUGAAGCAGAUGCUUUAAAUUAUAUUGAUAGAUAUUACAAAAAGAGACGAGCUCACUGUACUGCAGCUUUACUAGAAGAUCGAAUUUGUCUACGACGUGUUAAACAGUCAGGAAAAAUGCCAUUUCAUCCAUGGGUUGUAUAUAAUGAAAUAAAGUAUGUAUUCAUAAGCCGGAAACGACCUGAAUACUUUGUUUUGUGUAUCGAUUCAAAUCAUGAUCGGAGAAAAUAUUUUGAAAUAUACAAAUGUAAAUCAGCUGAUAAUGUUAAACAAAUUGAAGAGAAGAUUAAAGCAGCAAUGAGGGAUCCUGACAAGUUACUACGUAAAAUGCAUAUUUUAAGCCGUAUUAGUUUACCUCCUGGAAAUAAUGUAAAUCAAAAAGAAUUGGUUCCGGAGAUUAUGGUUGAAGAUGUAAGUAAAUUAAAUGGUGAUGAAGAUAAUAAAAAUAUUUAUAGUAAUAUUCAUGGUAAUAAUGAUAAUAAUAAUUAUAAUAAUAAUCGUAAUAACAAUAACACUAAUAAUAAUAAUGAUCGUAAUAAUAAUAGUAAUAUGAAAAAUAGUAAUAAUAAUAAUAAUAAUAAUAAUGGUGGUGGUGGUAGUAAUAGUAGUAAUUAUAAUAAAAGUGGUAAUGCUGACAAUGAAAUUGAUGUCAAGAAAGACAAAAAAUCUACUAGUUCUUUAAGUCCCAUCACACCAGCGAAAGAUUUAACUCUUGAAUCAUUAAAUGAAAAUUAUGUUGUAUCUAGUAUUUCAAUUACUCCCAUCGAAUUUCUUCAUCGUUCACCUGAAUCAUUAGUUUAUCAAAUAAAACAAAAUGUAUACGAACCAUCUCAGAAUACACAUUCACUGUCCCAUUCUAUAUCAUCAGAAAGUGGAGACAUUCAUCUUGAAACUCGAAUUAAUGAUAUAAUAGACAAGAUAACAUUUAUUAAUCAUGAUCCAUCAAAAGGGCUUUAUGAAAGUCAAAAUGGAAAUUUUUAUAUGUUUCUAGACCGUCAAGAAUUUCAUUUGAAUAAAUACAUUAGUAGAGAAGAUAGUUUUAUUGCAUCUAAUCAAAAAGAAUAA